UUGCUGGCGACGAUCCGAGACCGCUACUGGGCGUCGUCCAAGAAGGACAAGAGCCGGAUCCUCGACGAGUUCACCGCGGUGACCGGUCACCAUCGCAAGGAUGGCAUCAGGUUGCUUGGCAAGCUUGACGAUGAUGGAGACCCGUCGCAUUCCGUGCGAGGCCGGCGCAUCUACGAUGAGGCCGUCAGAGCAGCGGUGAUCGUGAUCUGGGAAGCCGCCGACCGGAUCUGCGGGAAACGCCUGAAGGCGACGCUGCCCCAUCUGGUGGAGUCCAUGGAGCGCCAUGGCCACCUCGCUCUCGACCCCGAGGUACGGGGUCGACUGCUGGCUGCCAGUGCCGCCACCCUGGACCGUCUCCUGAAACCGAUCCGUCCCACUGCGGGCAGCCGGCGCAGACGCCGGCGUAAACAGUCGAUGGGAAAACGCAUUCCGGUACGUACCUACUCCGGUACGUACCUACAAUGA